CACCAAAAAAAGAAAAAUCUAAGGGAAAAAAAGAAACCCCAAAACCCCCAAAAUUCUCAUCGUCUAGCUCGCUCUCUUCCCAUAUAACAAGAUCUUUCUUUUAUCUGCCUCUCUUUUAUCUUCUGAGAAACCUUAUCACUUCACUUCUCCCCGUUUUUCCUCAGUCUCAUUCUUCUUCUUCUUCUUCGUCUUCUCCUUAUCAAUCCAAAACUUAAAACCCUUUGCCCCUUUUCCCCCAAACGCGCGCCAUGGACUUGAAGGAAGCGACGCCGUCUUCUCCCGCCAUCGCCACCGAUAAUUCCUCAGAAGCGGCGGCGAAGGAGGUUGUUGAGGAGGACGAGGAGGAGGGUUUUGUGAGUGGUGAGGAAGAGUUUGAAGUGGCACCGGAGAAGCCCCCAAUCGCUGAUGUUGACGAUAAGGCUGGGGCCAAGGUGGGUGAGUCACCGAUAUCGUUGAAAGACGAUGGGGUUAUUGAUGAUGACGAAAAGGGCGCUUCUAAAGACGAAGUCUUGGUGGGUGGGAAGGAGGCGGUCCUUGUCGGAGAUAAGGUGGAGGGUGAUGAGGAGCCCGCGGCGGUGCCUUCUGGCGGUGGGUUGAGUGGGGACAAGGCUGUGGGACCCGCAGAGAACGGUGUAAUUCCGGGUUCUGAUGGGGAUUUUGAUGGGAAUUCGGGUGGAAGUGGGGAGGGUAUAGUUCAAAAUGAAAAGGGUCCUGUUGAGGGAGAGAAGUCUGCUGAAGGGGACAAUGUUGUGGAAGCUAUUAAUGUUGAUGUCAAGGUGACUGAACCUGGGGUGGCUGUUGUUGGGGAUACUUCGGCCCUUAUAGAUGAACAUACUGAGGUUCAGGGUGAUGAAAAAAUUGAAAAUGUUGUGGAAGAAGAGGGGAAACCCGGUGGAAAAGAUGAUGACAAAAUUGAAGAUGGUGUGGAAGGCGAGGGGAAACCCGGAGAAAAAGGUGGGCUGGAAGUUGUUACUCCUGAAGGAGAUUCUACAGUGGAAGCUAUUAAUGUUGACGCUAGUGCGACUGAACCCAGUGUCGCUUUUGUUAGGGAGACCGCUCUUCAGAAUGAGCCUCCGAGCAGUGAGAGCGAGGAUCAUCCUGCUGCGGACAUGGGUGAUAGGAAAAGUGUAAUUGUUGAAGAAGAUGAGGGGCAACCUGAUGAAGAAGGAGAUGCUGUUGUGGAAGCUAUUAAUGUUGAUGUGAGUGUGGUUGAACCUGGGGUGGCUGUUGUGGGGGAGGUGGCUACCAAAGACAGAGAAGUAGAGGUUCCAGGUUCUGAGGAUCAUACCCUGGUUGAUGCCUCAAAUGUUGCAAAUGGCUUUCAAACACUGAACCAAGAGGAUAUUGAUGGCCCCCCAGGCACUGAAAGUGAGCUGUCAAAUGUGAAUAAGGGGAAAGGGGCUGUCUCUGACAACUAUGAAAAUGUUGUAGAGGGAGAUGAAAAUCUGGUGGAUGAUGAACUUGCAGUUGUUGGCACUCAGAAUGAAGGAAGAGAUGGAGGUGAUGAAGCCAAGAUUCAAUUUGGUGAGGUUGACGACUUUGAUGAAGGUUCACUUUCUGAUGGGGAGAUGAUCUUUGGAAGCUCCGAAGCUGCUAAACAGUUCAUUGAGGAGUUGGAACGAGGAUCUGCCAGUGCAGAUGGCUCCCGUGAUCCAAGAAUUGAUGGUCAAAUUGCAACAGACUCUGAGGAAGAUGUUGACACUGAUGAAGAAGGCGAAGGGAAGGAGUUAUUUGAUUCUGCUGCCUUGGCAGCCCUCUUGAAAGCUGCAACUGGUGCUGACCCCGACGGUGGCGGCAAUAUAACAAUAACGUCUCAAGAUGGUUCUAGGCUUUUCUCAGUUGAGCGGCCUGCUGGUCUUGGAUCUUCCAUCCGGCCUUUCCGCUCUGCAGUCCACCAGCAGCCAAGGCGGCCCAACAUUUUUGCCCCUUCAGCCCUAUCAAACAAUGGAGAUUCUGACAGUAACUUGAGUGAUGAAGAGAAGAAAAAAUUGGAGAAGUUGCAACAGAUACGAGUGAAAUUCUUGAGGCUCGUUCACCGGUUAGGCCUUUCUCCAGAGGAAUCUGUUGCAGCCCAAGUCCUGUAUCGUAUGUCUAUUGUUGCAGGAAGGCAAACUGGGCAAAUUUUUAAUGCCGAGGCUGCGAAAACGAGGGCUAUGGAGCUGGAAGCAGAAGGGAAAGAGGAUUUGGAUUUUUCCUUGAACAUCCUAGUUCUUGGCAAAUGUGGGGUGGGGAAGAGCUCCACAAUUAAUGCAGUUUUUGGUGAGAAGAAAGCUGAAAUUGAUGCUUUUCAACCUGGUACUGGUACCGUGAGAGAAUUUACUGGAGUUGUUGAUGGAGUGAAGAUCAGAAUAUAUGAUACACCUGGGCUCAAAACUUCGGUUAUGGAACAGUCUUUCAACCGCAGUAUCCUUUCUUCGGUGAAGAAAUUCACUAAGAAAAACCCACCUGAUAUUAUUCUUUAUGUGGAUAGACUGGAUGCUCAAACUCGGGAUCUCAACGAUCUGCCACUUCUAAGGACUAUCACUAGUGUUCUUGGAACCUCUAUCUGGCGAAAUGCGAUAGUGACCUUGACACAUGCUGCCUCUGCACCUCCAGAUGGGCCUACUGGUUCCCCUCUGAGUUAUGAGGUGUUUGUUACCCAGAGAUCGCAUGUUGUUCAGCAGUCAAUUGGGCAAGCUGUAGGCGAUCUCCGUAUGAUGACUCCUAGUAUGAUGAAUCCUGUUUCGCUCAUUGAAAACCAUCCUUCUUGCAGGAAGAACAGGGAAGGGCAUAAGGUGCUCCCUAAUGGCCAAACUUGGAGGCCCCAGCUAUUGUUGUUGUGCUAUUCUAUGAAGAUUUUGUCAGAAGCGAGUUCCUUGUCGAAGCCUCAGGAUCCGUUUGAUCACCGUAGGCUGUUUGGAUUCCGGGGUCGCUCACCACCUCUUCCGUAUAUGCUGUCUUCGAUGUUGCAGUCACGACAACACCCCAAGCUUCCUAGUGAGCAGGGAGUGGAUAGUGUGGAUUCUGAUGUAGACCUGGAUGAUUUGUCAGAUGUGGAAAAUGAUGAAGAAGAUGAGUAUGAUCAGCUUCCUCCAUUUAAGCCUCUUAGGAAAGCUCAAAUUGCUAAGCUUGACAAAGAGCAAAAAAAGGCAUACUUUGAAGAGUUUGACUAUAGGGUGAAGCUCCUUCAAAAGAAGCAGUGGAAAGAGGAAUUGAGGAGAAUUAAAAUGAUGAAAACAAAGGGAAAGGAUAUUGGAGUUGAGUAUGGUUUGGCCGAAGAGGAUGCAGAUUCAGGUGCUGCAGCGCCCGUGGCAGUUCCAUUACCAGACAUGGUGCUACCUCCUUCUUUUGACAGCGAUAAUCCUGGGUACAGAUACCGGUUCUUAGAGCCCACUUCGCAGUUUCUAGCCCGACCGGUUCUGGAUACACAUGGUUGGGACCAUGAUUGCGGCUAUGAUGGAGUCAAUGUUGAGCAUUCUCUGGCUAUUGCCAAUCAAUUUCCAGCAGCCUUGACUUUUCAAAUCACAAAAGACAAAAAAGAUUUCAGCAUUAGUCUGGAUUCAUCUGUUUCUACAAAGCAUGGUGAGAAUGGUUCGAGCAUGGCAGGGUUCGACAUCCAAAGUAUUGGAAAGCAGCUCGCCUAUGUUGUCCGGGGCGAGACUAAGUUCAAAAACUUGAAGAAGAACAAGACAGCUGGUGGGAUAUCUGUUACUUUCUUAGGGGAAAAUGUGGUUCCUGGAUUGAAGCUGGAGGACCAGAUUACUUUGGGGAAACAGUAUGUGUUGGUUGGCAGCGCCGGGGCGGUUAGGUCACAGAAUGACACAGCUCUUGGAGCCAACUUUGAAUUGCAGAGGAGGGAGAAUGAUUUUCCAAUUGGUCAGGUCCAGUCUACAGUCAGCAUGUCUGUCGUGAAAUGGAGAGGUGACACAGCUCUAGGGUUCAACGGGCUAACUCAGGUCUCCAUUGGGCGAAACUCAAAAAUUGCUGUCCGGGCUGGAAUCAACAAUAAGAUGAGUGGACAGAUCACUGUCAGGACAAGCAAUUCAGACAAUCUUUCUCUGGCACUCGCCGCGCUCAUACCCACCGCGAUUUCCAUCUACAAGAAACUCUGGCCGGGCGCUGUUACUGACAAGUACUCCCUGUACUAGUCCUGUCGUUUUCUUUUCUUUUUGGGGGGUAAAAAUUGAGUCUUCCUUAGCUGAUUCUGUCUUUUCCAGCUAUACAAUGUUAUUAGAUGAUCAAGAACAGAAUUUUUGCUUGCGCGAUUAGAUGUACCGUUUAAGAUGUGAGUUCCUGAAUUUUUGUACCUGAAUUUCUUAUGAAGUUUGCAUUGAUUUGGCUUUAGCCUUUCUGUCUAUCUUGUUCAUCUUCUUUUUCUUCUCAAGUGUAGUAUCGUAUGAUGAUGUGGCGUACUUGACUGUUAGAUGAAGUAAUACUAAAUGCUCCACUUUGCGAAUUUGAUCUAUUUAUUAACAGUAUAACGGACUAAGCAGCGCAGUCGUAUUGUGAUCCCAAAAGAGCCACUAGUCUCU